AUGCGCAUGCCUAUUACCCAAGAUGCUUCAGCCAGUGCGUAUCAAAUCAUGUCUUAUUUCUUGCUGGAUGAAUGGAUGGCGAGGAAGACGAAUCUAAUUCAAUCUCCUAAAGGUGAAAUAGAAGAUAUUUAUAUAUCUAUCCUAAAUGAACUGCAAAUUUAUAUAGUUCAAAAACUAGAAGAUAGAAAUCUCUCCGAAACCCUUAUCGAGGUACUCGAUAGAAAGAUAGUGAAAUCGAUCUUUAUGCCUAUAAUCUAUGGGAAGACGGUUAUGAGCACAGCUCACGAUAUAAAGGAGAGUCUCUCUAGAUUCCUGACACCGAAGGAGUGCUUUCAGAUUGCAAAACUGUGCUUUGAGUUCUGGAAAGAUAGGUUUCAUAACAUGAAAUGUUUUAUCCGUUUGAUCCGUAGUAUAGGCUGGGUUGCCUCAGCUAGUGAUCGCCCAGUACUGUAUGAGGUAGAGAACAUUCUAACAAUCCAGGACUAUAUGAAGAUGGAACCAAUCAAUAUCUGGGUUUAUGAUAAAUUGCAUAAGAAAAGACGUCAAGUAACUCUGAGAGUAGCUACUGAUACACGAGAUCGCAGGAAGACAGAGAUCUCAUCCUUCGUCAACUUCAUCCAUCAGAAGGAUGCACAUAUUGCUAUGAAAGUGGUAGAACAGAUGCUUUAUUAUAAAGCGCCUAUCUAUACUGUUCACGACAACUUUAUAAGUUCCACGUAUCAUAGCAAAAAAAUUGCUGAUAGAGAAAUCUCAGAUGAUCUUAAGAUCAGAGAAAUCAAUCCUGCUGCUUAUGGUCAUUUGAUGGCAAGGGAGCCUAAAUCUUGGUGCAUGGAAUUUUUUAAAGGUGGAAUGGCAUGUGAGGCUGUUGAAAAUGGAAUGGCAUAG